CGACAAGGAUUGGAGGCCAUAGGUGGGAACCAGAGAGCAAAAAGUUCACUUCACACCACAGUGUGCCAAGAGAAGGGGAACACAAAUACUCUGGAGCUCUUACUGUGUGCUGACAGUCAACCAUGGGUGACUGGAGCUUUUUGGGCAACAUCCUUGAGGAAGUAAAUGAGCAUUCGACAGUAAUCGGUAGGGUGUGGCUCACGGUCCUCUUCAUCUUCCGAAUCCUCAUCCUGGGCACGGCCGCAGAGUUCGUGUGGGGCGACGAGCAAUCGGAUUACGUGUGCAACACGCAGCAGCCGGGUUGCGAGAACGUUUGCUACGACGAGGCCUUCCCCAUCUCGCACAUUCGCCUGUGGGUGCUCCAGAUCAUCUUCGUUUCCACGCCUUCUUUGGUGUAUGUGGGCCACGCUGUCCACCAUGUACACAUGGAGGAGAAGCGCAAGGAACGGGAGGAGGCUGAGCUCAACAGGCAGCAAGAGAUGAAUGAGGAGAGGCUGCCGAUCGCGCCCGAUCAGGGAAGCGUCCGUACGGCCAAGGAGACGAGUACAAAGGGCAGCAAGAAGUUCCGUCUAGAGGGCACUCUCUUGAGGACCUAUAUCUGCCACAUUAUCUUCAAGACUCUCUUUGAGGUAGGCUUUGUGGUGGGCCAGUACUACUUGUACGGCUUCCGAAUCCUGCCGCUCUACAAGUGCAGCCGUUGGCCAUGCCCAAACACAGUCGACUGCUUUGUCUCAAGGCCUACCGAGAAAACUGUGUUUAUCAUCUUCAUGUUAGCCGUGGCCUGCGUCUCGCUUUUCCUCAACUUUGUGGAAAUCAGCCAUUUGGGUUUGAAAAAGAUCCACUUUGUGUUCCGUAAACCGGUGCAGCCACAAGUUGAGGGACCAGGGGCGGCCGAGAAGGCCUUGCCUUCCAUAGCGUCCUCCUCGAUCCAGAAAGCCAAAGGCUACAAGUUGCUGGAGGAGGACAAAGCCACGUCGCACUUCUUCCCUCUGACUGAGGUAGGGGGAAUGGAGGCUGGCCGGCUUCCAGCUCCGUACGAGCCAUUUGAGGAGAAAACGGACAAGGCGACAGCACCUAAGAAAGACGUGUCUAAGGUGUAUGACGAAACGCUGCCCUCCUAUGCCCAGACGACCGUGAUAGGACCGAACGCGGCGGCGGGAAUUGUAUGCAGGGAUGAAGACGAGGACGAGUUGGCCAUCGAAGCAGAUGUGGACGCCAGCGAGACGAUAGAAGACACGCGACCGCUUAGCAGCCUGAGCAAAGCCAGCAGUCGGGCAAGGUCAGAUGACUUGACGGUAUAAAUAAUAUAGAACUGGAUUAGAAGUGCAACAGUACCAACUGUAGUUUUGGAAAAAGCAUAGAAAGUAAAAACGAGAGCCUUUCGGCAACUGCGGCGAUACUUAUUAUACCAGCUCUUUAUUUCGAGGAAGAACAAGAUUUAAAAAAAUAAUGCUGUGCAAUUUUCAUGCGGAGACUUGAGAGCUUGAUUCGGUUUUUUAUACAGCAGUAUUUUUUGUACUGUUUUUAUCAAACAGUUAACAAACCAAAGUUAGAGAUCUGCAGCAGCUAGAUCUGCGUAGGGAGGAGUUGGGAUUUAGCAAAACUUUUUUUUAAAUAACAUUUUCUAUCCAGAAUUUUACUCGAAGGUGGGAUUCUGAUGUUUACAUUUUUUGGAUUAGCCAUUAGCUGAAUGUUGUAUGUGAUAUUAUUUUGUUAUUAUUCUGAUAAGAAAACUGUCAGGGCAUCAUCCUUUUCACCUCAAUAAGUUCAACCAUACAUGAUGAUAAAUACUCAAUCAAGCUUAUUGAUUUGUAUGUGAAUAGUACCGUAAUGGAUAUGUGUAUGUGUGAGGUGAAACAAAUGCUGAUAGUUGCACAGUCGUUCAUCAUGGCAUAGUAGCAAAAUAUAAAGUAUAUAUUAAAAUAAAUGACCACCGCUGAUGUACGUUCAACAUAACACCUUGUUUCUGGACUUACAUUAAGAGUCUCUGGAUUUGAUCAAUUUUAGGUUAGAGUGUAUCUAGCAAUAACUGUAAUUAUUACAUUAGCCAUAGAAAAGAUUGUAGGCCACAUUCUUUCUAGUCUCUCUGCGCAUACAGCCAUGAUGAUGAUGAUAAAGAUCACGCCCAAUCAGCACAAAGUAUUGUUCAGCAAGAGACAAUAAAACAACAUUACAUGACAUGUCACCGCAGACAGUCCGACAUCCUUGAUGUUUUUGGAAACAACAUCUUCAUACUUUGGUCUUCCAUGAUAUUUCAUUUUAAAAAAGGCUAAUUCAAAAUAUUUUAAAGGGUUUCACUCCUUUACUGACUUUUCAUUUUCACCAGAGACAUGUCUUAUAUUUUAAACCAUGCCUUAAAAUUGAGUAUGAAAUUUUAAGAAAAAAAGAAAAUCGGUUUGUAUAAAAAAAACAUGUAUAAGUUUCAGUUUUCGAUUGUUUAUUUGAUUUUAUUAUUUAUUUUAAUUAUUACUUCUGACCUAUUAAAUUGUCCCAUUGUUUGUAACAUUCUCACAGUUCUACCAAAGUCAUAACACAUAAUUUACUGAAAUGUAAUUCAUUAAAUCAAAAUGUGUUUAUGAUAACUGGUAUGUCAAAUAAGUUUUUUUCUUUUCCUCUCUACCCUGCUAAUGGUUUCAUAUUAGUUUAGACUGAAUGUAAAAUAGUUUUAUUUCAUGUUCUUCACUGUGUCUUUUCUCAGAACUGGCUAGUAGAAACAACAAUAAAACACUGAGGGCUAUUACUGAUAAGAUAAGCAUAGAGAAGCUUGCUUUUCAUGAUCUGUGAAAUGCAAAAGAUACAGCCACUGUGACACACAUUACCACAGAGUUUGCAGCAGAGGACACAUUCUACAUUUUGCUGUGGUCACAGACGAAUCAUAAAAGCACACAUCAGAUUUUGGGGUGAUGAGUGUAAAUCUGAUUAUUGAUUCUUAACUGUGAGUUUCAACGGCAAAAAGUAACUUUGUUUAAGGCCUUCUGCCAUUUUUUCCCCACAUCAUUUAUGAUUUCUUGAACAAGAAGAAAGAAAAAAACACUUGUUUUUUACUAACUUGUAGUCCUAUACAGAAAUGACUGUCAGUUGAAACCUGUGGAUAUAGCCAAUAAAAUGUCAUGUGUGGUCAACAAGACUGUCUGACAGUAUUUAUUAAUAUCACAGUGUGAAAAAUCAUUCUUUCCAACACAAGCAAGUUUACACAUACAGAUUUCACACACACAUCU